CGAGGAGGAGGGGGAGGUUGUCUGGGCUGCCAGACAGGCCAGGGUCAGCGGCGGGGGCAGGAGAUGUCUGGAGGAGGAGAGGCCCAGCAUCCAUGCUCCCUCGGGGACUCGGGAUUCCAGGUCCCAGACCCCUCCUCCCUCAGAUCUGGGAGUACACCACCCAGUCCCCCACCCAUUCCAAAAUCCGAGCCCCCAGCCCCCUUUUUUCCAGGAUCCAGGAGUCUGAGCCCCCAGUCUGUUCUCUCAGACCAGGGAAUCCACACUCCAGCCCCUAACUCCUUCAAAACCCCAGAGUUCAGAACCUCAGCCCCUCUUCCCAAGGAGCGCGGCCCCCAACCCUCUGUUCCUCUAGAACCCAAGCGUUCAGGCUCCGGCAUCUUUCUCCCUUUGAAGCCUGCAGUUCUGGGGAUCCCCAGGCCCCUCCUCCUCCGGAACCCAGGAGUCCCCACCUCCUCUUUAGCCCCAGCUGGAGUCCAGCCCUCCAGGGGUUAAGGGGGCGGGACCAGCUAGUUGCCAUGGUGCCAGACUGUUUGGGUCUGCUCUCUGACCCUUGGGGGCUCCCCAGGGUCCGCAGAGAGGGGGAGGGGGACCUAGGCCUGGGGGAAGUCCAGAGCCUACCCCUUCCCCAAAGCCGGGCUAUGGGCCCAGGGAGUUCGCGUUUCCACCAACGCCUUGUCCAGUGACCUUGAACAAGUCCUGACCCUUCUCUCUCCGCCUCAGUUUCCCCAAGGAGACACUGGUUGGCGGGUGGGGGAGAUGCUUAGGUCCGGGGAAUCUUUGAGAUUCUCGGCUUCCCCUCUCCCCUCACCCUCCUCCUCAGGCCCCAGGCAGCCCCGGGGCAUGCUGGGAACCCAGGCCUGGGCUCCGGGCCAGGUUGGUGUGGGGGGGUGGGGGCGGGGGCAGCCUCCUCCCUUCCCCUUCCUCCCCACCUUGGCCUGACUCUCGCCCCCGCCUGAGGGUCUGGGAGGUUGGGAAGGAGGGAAGGGGGAAGAGAGCUGGGACCGUAGACCCGUCUCCGGCCCCCGCCUCCCCCCUUUCCUUCUCCGCCCCUUUCCCGCCUCUCCUCCCCCUCCUCAGCAGGUCGCUACCCCAGCCCUGGGCCCCUUCUCAAACCACCCCCACCCCACCCCCAGCUCCAGACCUGGCUCGAGCUGCGAGGGGGAGGGAGAGAGGGAAGGAGAAAAGAGAGAGAAGGGAGGGAGACCCAAAGAGAGAAGGGGGAGGGGAGGAAAGAGAGAGACCUAAGAGGGAGGGAAGGAGAGAGAGAGGGAGAGAGACAGAGACUGAGAGAGAGCAGGAGACGGAGGUGAGGGAUGGAGAGAGGGAAGGGGCGGAGGGAGCGGAAGUGAGGAAAGACAUCCGAGAAAAGGGGGUGGAGAAGGGUGAGAAAGAGGAGAGAGAGAGACUGAGAGAGGGCCAGAGAGAGAAUGAGAGAGACAAAGAGGGGGAAGGGGGAGAAGGGGAGGAUGAAAGACAGAAGGUAGAGGAAAAGAAGGAGAAAGAGGGGGAGAGAAGGAAGAAAAGAGAAGCGGGGAGAGGAGAGAGGCGAUGGGCGGAGAGAGAAGCCAGCGCAGAGCCAGGGAGGGAUGUCCUGAUGCAGGAGGAGGCUGGGAACCAGGGAAGGUGGAAAGAAAGAGGGAGAGAGAAAAAGGCAGGGCCAGAGAGACCUGGACUGCGAGAAAGGAACGGGAAGGUGCGCCUGGAGCAGGGGCAGCGAGAACCAGACAGUCCAGGAGGAGGGGCUGGGCACGGGAGAGACCCCAGCUGGAGGGGCUCUGAGCCCAGGGGUGGGGAGGGUGGGUGCUGGGUCCCGGGGUCCAGAAGCUGGAGAAGGCUGGGGACACCUCCUGGAUUCAAGAGGGAGGACAGAGAUGGGGCUGGGCAGACUUUGGGAGCCUCUUCCCCUCUCUGAGGCUCAGCCCCCUCACCUGCCAAAUGGGGAUGCUGAGGGCACCUCGCUCUCUGGAGUGGGAGGUGUCAGGGAGAGGACUGGUGCCCAAGGCCUGGUAUGGGGUCAGCGCUGGGAGAUUGUGGCUGUCAUAGUUGUAAAUGACCCAAAGAAGGGAGGAGAGAGGAAAGAAAGCACCUAGGGAGGCUCUGAUGGUUGGCUAGCCCCUGGCCUCCUUAGCCCUGGGCGUGGAGUCUCUGCAGACUGACAGGAGGGUAGGUAGGAAGCAGGUGUGCCCAAAGGGCCAAAUUACAAGACAAAUGAGGUUCCCUCCCAGCCGGCACCCAGGAAGCCAGGUUUUCUAUCAGGCCAUGCCUUCCCCAGGAGGCCUGCCUGGCCGGAGGGAGGAGGGGCUGGAGGCAGGGACUCCUGGGUCUCUGGGGAGAAGGAGGCUUUGGAUCUGGACUCAUGAGUCUGAGGGAGGAAGGGGCUGAGUCCUUGGAUUCCAGGAACAUUUGGGGAGAAAAGGGCCAGAGGCCUGGAUUCCUGGGUCUGUGGUGAGGAAGGGCCUAGACUUCUGGGUUCUUUAGGAAGGAGGGGGAUGAGGGUCUUGACUCCAGGGUCCCUGAUGAGGAAGGGGCUGAGGGCCUGGACUCUUGGGUUCCUUGGGGAGGAGGGGCCGGGGGCCCGGACUCCUGGGUCCUGGCACCCACCCGUAGAACCGACCUUGCGGGGCCUUCGCCGCACACAAGCUCGUGUCUGUGGGUCCGUGUCGGGGGCUCACCAUCGCGGCUGGGGCCUCCCCGGCCCUCCCCCCCAUCCCUGGUCCUCCUGGUCCCUGUCUGUCUGUCUGUCGGGUCUGUCCACCUGCCGCGCCCCCCGGGCUGAGGUAGGAGGUUGUAUAGUUGAGGAGGACACCCAAGGAGAUCACUAUACGGCCUCCUAGCUUUCCCCAGGCUGCGCCCUGCACGGGACUGGGCCCGGCGGGGACCCCCAGCCCCACUCGGGGACCCUUAGCCCCACUGGGCUGCCCCAGGGACCCUGGGAGGAAGAGCCGGGCUCUUUUCUGUCCUUGUCCCUGCAUCCCCUCCUUCCCCUGAAAUCUGUUUUCCUUCCCUGUCUGUCUCUCCAUCUCUGCUGUGUCUCUGUGGCUUCUGUGUCUCUUUCACAGUGGAUCCUCUGACUCCCUCUUAUUCUGGCUUUCUAGGUCUCUGCCCCUCCCGAUAUCUCUCUGUGUCUCUAUUUCUGUCGUUUUUGGUCUUUCUGUCCUGGCUCUCAGAAUGUCUCUGUGCCCAUCUCCAUCUCUGACCCCCACCCCAGGGUCUACCGGGCCACCGCACACCAUGUUGCCAGUCUCUAGGUCCCUGAGACCCUUUAACCUGUGAGGACAUCCAGGGUCACAGGUGAGGUUCUUGGGAGCCUGGUGUCUGGCCCAACCACACACCUGGGGAAUUGCUGGCCUGACCUCUGACCCCUGACUCCUCAUACCCUUCCUCCAGAGCAUGACAUUUGACCACCAACUGAAACCUGACCUCUGACCCCAGACCACUGGCCCUUCCCCCGCCCUGUGGUGACUUCAUAAAGGUUACUAGCUUCUCCCUUGGCCUUGAGACCCACACGAUGGCCCUGCUGGCCCUGGCCAGUGCCGUCCCGUCUGCCCUGCUGGCCCUGGCUGUCUUCAGGGUGCCCGCCUGGGCCUGUCUCCUCUGCUUCACAACCUACUCUGAGCGCCUCCGCAUCUGCCAGAUGUUUGUUGGGAUGCGGAGCCCCAAGCUUGAAGAGUGUGAGGAGGCCUUCACGGCCGCCUUCCAGGGCCUCUCUGACACCGAAAUCAACUAUGAUGAGAGAAGCCACCUGCAUGACACCUUCACCCAGAUGACCCAUGCCCUGCAGGAGCUGGCUGCUGCCCAGGGAUCCUUUGAGGUUGCCUUCCCUGAUGCUGCGGAGAAAAUGAAGAAGGUCAUUACACAGCUUAAAGAAGCCCAGGCUUGCAUCCCUCCCUGCGGUCUCCAGGAGUUCGCCCGGCGUUUCCUCUGCAGCGGGUGCUACUCUAGGGUCUGCGACCUCCCGCUGGACUGCCCAGGUGAGGGGGCGGGGCCUCGGGGUGCAGGAGGCCAACCUGAGAAACGGGACCAGAGCACCGAGGGGCAUAAGCUGGUGGCGAGGCCAGACGUGGUCGGGGCCCAGCGAGUGAACCCUGCUCCGUCUUCAGUUCAGGAUGUGACAGUGACUCGGGGCGACCAGGCUAUGUUUUCUUGCAUCGUAAACUUCCAGCUGCCAAAGGAGGAGAUCACCUAUUCCUGGAAAUUCGCAGGAGGAGGUCUCCGGACUCAGGACUUGUCCUAUUUCCGAGAUAUGCCGCGGGCCGAAGGAUACCUGGCGCGGAUCCGGCCGGCUCAGCUCACGCACCGCGGGACGUUCUCCUGCGUGAUCAAGCAAGACCAGCGCCCCCUGGCCCGGCUCUACUUCUUUCUUAACGUGACGGGACCGCCCCCGCGGGCGGAGACAGAGUUGCAGGCCUCGUUCCGGGAAGUGCUGCGCUGGGCGCCGCGGGAUGCCGAGCUGAUCGAGCCCUGGAGGCCCAGCCUGGGCGAGCUGCUGGCCAGGCCCGAGGCUCUGACGCCCAGCAACCUGUUCCUGAUUGCAGUCCUCGGGGCCCUCGCAUCAGCGAGUGCGACAGUGUUGGCGUGGAUGUUCUUUCGAUGGUACUGCAGUGGCAACUAACAAAGGUAUCUCUUUCCUCCUUCCCUAUCCUAUUUCCAUCCUGAAAAUAAAGAAUAUAUUUCAACUCUA